AUGUCUGGUCCAAGCAGCAAUUGUUCAUUUGACUUUGAUGGUUCAUCUGCACGUGCAAAGUUUGAUACUUCGUUACUUAACUUACGUGAUGAAAAUGUAAAUUUUAAGUUGUUUAGCACCUCAGCGGAAACGAAAGCUGGAUUAACCGGUCUUGGGAUGAAGGCAGGUGUUAAUUUGGCAGAAGUUGAAACUUCUGAUGGUAUUAAAGCAAAGGUUGGGCUUAAUUUUGAUUCAGGUACAUCAAUUAGCAGCGAUGGUGUAGAAACUAAGGUUGGAGGUUUAGGUGUUAAAGUCGGAAAAGUAACAGGUGUCAGCACACCUUUUGGAGAGGUUGAAAUCGAUUUUGGAAAAUUUCUUGGUUUAUAA